GAAAAGAGUGUUGGUUCUCGUGUGGUUCAUGAAAAAGAUGAUACACAACCAUCACAGGUUAGUGGUUUAGUGCUAAUUAAUGUGUGAUUGUUUGGUAUCAACAUAUCAGACUGAAACAAAAUUCAUGUAUUGUCAUUCCUUACCCCUUUUGCUUUUUCUAUAAUAAUACUUUAUUCUACAAUGUCUCUGAGGCAAAUCUGUAUACUUCAAUGUAUAACGCAAUUAACUAUCAGGUGUUUCUAAAGAAAAGAUGAAAAGAAAAAGAUAGAAGUGUUAAAGACCUCUCUCCUCAUACAAGUUUACCCCCCCCCCCUUAUAUGACCACUCACUUAAACAACACUAUAAUAAUUAAAACAAAAUUCCAGCAUAGUAAUCAUCAGACUUGGGGCCGUGGUGCAAAUACCCGGUACAAUGAUUAAAAUCACAGCCAAUAUGUUGAAGUCAAAUAUGGCAGUAAAUUCAACAUUAUAUGUUAAUUUUUGCUCAUACUGUCUGUAGCUUAUUGUUUAGUGGCUACACCAGUUUAAUAGAAGACUGAGUGGGUAUGCAGCCGGGGGGAUGCUUUAGGAAUUUUUGGGUCAUGUGGAUGUGCUGCUGGGACCUUAGGAACCCUUAUCCUAUACCAGAACUAGCUCAGCUGAAUUUUGCUACCCUGUAAUAGACUAAACUUCCCAAAUCUCCCCUAUCCAAGAGUAGCUUAAAGGCUGAGUUGCAUAAGUUUAAACUUGCUGAUUUGAUUAUAUUAUAUAUAUAUAGUUGCAAUUCCCGGUUUCCCUGUAGUCUAGACUAAAAUCAUCCAUCAAUAUUGACCAUGCAGUUUCCUGGAAAAUGAUCCCUAUUCUAGUCCCAAACUCUGUAAUUUGUAUACCUUAUCCCACAGUAAGCUGAUUGAAAACCAUAACCUUCACAGCAGCACAUGCCUAUAUGGCCCAUAUAUGGCAGUACCCCCCCUCCCCUGUUAUGCAGAUUCACUGCAGCCACAAAUAAUCUGAUUAACAUUUGUUGAUUAAUAGCUUUGGCGUGUUUGAUACAUGAUUGUGUUUUUUAAAACCUUUGUUUGUCUAUAUAGACCCCUCUUCAGGCAGUGAAAAACGCCCACAGAGCUCAUUGUGCACAGUUGCAAGAGCUAAGGAAUAAGGUACUAUAAAAAUGGAGGAGAAAGUGUGUGACAAAGCCCUAGUGACAUCUACAACAGACAUACAUGAGUUUAAUCUCAAUUAUUGCUAAAUCCACUUUUAACGAAAACAACACGUGAAUACAGUGGAACCCUGUAAGGUCACCAAUACAUCAAAAUUCAGCCAUGAUAUUUAUUUCACUUUUCCAUCAUUUCUUAAACAACUGGAAUGUAGAUAUCGCGUACUGCGUACAGUAAGUUAUGUUUUAAAUAUUAUUAAUAAUUUUUUAAUAGUAAUAAAGGGAUUGGACAACAAAACAAUUCCACAUGCCACUGUGUGGUUCCAAAAAUUAUCCAUGACCAUACCUCCCCAACGGAAGGGUUUUGUCCUUACAUCCCCCCAAACCGCUGGAAAUUCCAGUCAAUAGCCUUUGAUAACCCCCCACCCCCAAGGAAUUUUCAAUCCUUUCCCGGGGGGAAGUAUGAAUAUUUUCUGGAACUACACAAUACAAGUAACCGCAGUUGAGUUUGUUCGAGACAACAAUUUCUAGUCAUGCAAAAUGUACUAAGUUAUAAUCGAGGUUUGGCAAGGUUUACAUCAUUACUGUUUGACAUAAGGACAUCUAUGGUCACUUCAAAAAAGUUAUGAUCACUUCCACCUGCAUUUUCACAUUCUUGUCUUUAAGAUGAAAAGUUCAUCAUUUUCUUUUAUCUAGAAUAAACAAACUCAGCCACGAUUCCUUUCAUUGGCACUUUUUUUCAUUUGUUUCCCUCCUGAGAAACCAUGUGACAUCGCUUUUGACCCAUCAGUCUUUAAGCGCAUGCAAAGAUGGCGAGUAUCAUGAAUUUAGUUCUAUAUUGAGAACAGCUUUCAUCUAUAACAUAAGUAUAUGUACCUGACUAACGCUUAAUUUUGUUGUUAUAGGGCAAAGAACAAAGCCAGCCAGAGGUAAGUAACUUUGUUAUGUCCAUUGUGUAAAUGAUGAUGAUAAUGAUGAUAAUAAUGUUACAAAUAAUAAUAGUUAUUAAUAAUAAAACAUUAAUAACAACCUCUUUAUCAAAUUUUUACUGUACUUUCGUCAUGAUCAAUGUGGUAGUUGUAAAUAUAUAAGAUUUAAAAGGUGAUGAUGUAGAAAAAAAAAGCCUCCCAUGUUGGUUGAUUGUAGAGAUUCACAUGCUCUGAUAAGAUUGGUUAAGAAUUCUAUUAAUGGUGAAUAUUUACAAAUAUUCUCGCUUAAAAAAACUAUUCAAUCAAAGCACUAUUUCCAAUUCCUUUCGGUUAAAAAACACCUGAUUUCGAUUGAAAACAUUUCAGUUAAUAAAACAAUUCAUUUCUGUUUUGUUAAAUCUGAUUUUGUAGCGUAAACGUCAGUUUCUAAAUAGAGAAAAGAAAGUAAAAUAACGUGUUCAAUGUCUUUAAGCACGUCCCUUUUCAAUAGAGACCUACGUCAGUAUCCGUUGUUGUUGUUGUUUCCAUUCUGCUUUGUUAUGGUUAACUUUAUCUGAUCAGAGUACAACUAAACUUCCUUUUGUUAAUUAAAAACAGCAAAUGUAUGCGUACUUGUAAGCCUUGAAAGCAAAAGAAAAAAAAUUGACUUAUACAAUUUUUGGGACCUGAGGAAAAGGAGAUUUUUUAUAAUCAAAAGUUGAAAAUAUUUGAAACGAAUAAAACAUUGUAUUUGUUUCCUUCGUGAUUUGAAAACAGGUUAAUGCAGCCGCCCCACAAUUAAAGGGCCAUAAAAAUGAAGUAAAGACACGUCUGGGAAAUGAUGUGAAAGUGGGAAAGAGAAAGGGAAAGAAUGGGUAAGUAGUGGAUAUCCUCUUGUUUACGUGAGGUUGGCCUUUGUUCUUGUUUGAUUUUCUUCAUGCUUGUUUGUUUGGCUGUGUGAUUAAAUUUUGUUGCUUUUUUAUGUCCUGUGUUUUACCUGCAGAUUACCAUGCCUUUUUAUGCACCACACAUGUCAUGAUUAAAAGUGUACAUGUACGUAUAUUUACCAUCUUACGUUUAAUUUUUUUUCAGUAAUAAGGAUGCAAAUACGGAUGAAAAAGUGCAAUGUAGGAAGUCCAUU